AUGGAGAACCCUCCCAUCACUUCUCUUAAUGAAUUGGAUGUAACCAAGACAGACGUGACUAUUAAAGUUCGCAUACUUAAGCUUUGGAAGCUACUAUCAUUUAAAGUCAAGAAUGCUAUUCAUGCGGUCGAACUGAUCCUCAUGGAUGAGGAGGGUACCAAAAUUCAAGCAAGUGUUGGUGGUAAUUAUCUUGUAAAGUAUGGAAGAUUACUGCUAGAAAAGAGUUGUGUCAUGGUUACUAAGUUUGAUGUUGGUGACAACGUAUCUCCGUACCGCCCAACCAACCACAAACAUAAACUGUUUUUCAAUUUCUCUACCGACAUCAGAAACAUUGAUGAAUUUGGUGGUUCAAUUCAUGGAUUCUCUUUUACAUCAUUUGAUGUUCUUCGUAAUCGUGCUAUUCUGCAAGACUCUCCUGUUGAUAUCAUUGGUUAUGUUGAUGGUUGGUUUCCUAUGGUUGAUCAUACCAGCAGUAAUGGGAGAUUGAACAAAAAAAUGAGCUUACAACUUCGUGACUUAGAGUUCCUUAAUAUUUAUCUGACUUUGUGGGGAGAUUAUGCGGUGCAAAUGUCAAAGUUUUUGGAACGGAAACCGAGUGAUGUGUUUGUGAUAUUGCAGUUUGGAAGAUAUAGCUUUCAUGAAGGUAAGGCAUACGUGUCCAGUUCUUUUCAAAACAGCAAUUUGUAUCUGAACGAAAGCAUUGAUGAGCUAACUGAUUUCCAAAAGAGGUUACUUGAAAGCAGACCGAAUGUUGGUUCUUCAAGCCGUCCUUUUGGUUCAUCUCAAGCUGGAAAAACUGUUCGUGAUGAUUUUUUGGUUGGAACUGAAUUCAAGAGCAUAGAUGAGGUUAAUAAAAUUGGGAGACAAUGA